AUGCAACAUUUUGGCAAAGCCGCCAUUCGUUCUGCAAAAAACUACACUCAGGGAUAUUCGGACGUUCAAGUCAAAGUACGAGAUGCGACUUCAAAUGAUCCUUGGGGGCCUACAGGUCAGCAAAUGAAUGAAAUUGCGAAGCUUAGUUGGAAUCAACAAGAUUUCAUUGAGAUCAUCGAAAUAUUGGAUAAACGACUGAACGAUAAGGGGAAGAACUGGAGACAUGUUUUCAAAACACUUGCAGUAGUCGACUAUUGUCUCCUUCAAGGUUCAGAAGAUGUCGUUCGAUAUUAUAAAGAGAAUAUGUACAUGAUCAAAACUCUACGAGAAUUCCAAUUUGUCGACGAAGAUGGAACAGACCAAGGGGCGAAUGUGCGACAGCGGGCGAAGGAUAUAACGAAUCUUCUGUUGGAUGAUUCUAAAAUCCGAGCUCAACGACGAGGUCGGGCGGAUGCUAGAGACCGGAUGAGGCAGACCGAGAGAGGGAAUUCUGUUCCUUGGGAAGGUGGUGGUGAUGGAGGAGGAGGAUCAAAGAGAGGUAAAAGGAGUAAGGAGGAAGAAGAUUUGCAGAGGGCGAUUGAGGAGAGUAAGAAAUUGGUAGCUCAGGAGAGGGAGACUGCGGAGGAUAGGGAUUUACAGAGAGCGAUAAAGUUGAGCGAGGAAGAUGAAGCUAACAGGAGUAAAACGGUGGAGGAUGCGAAUGAGAAAGCGCUGUUUGAUGAUCAGAAUCAGCUAUCAGCAUCGAAUGCGAGUCUCAGUCCUCAGUUGACCACCAAUCCUUUCCCGAUGGCGAUGAACACAGGCUUGCAGUCUCAAUUCCUCCAACCGCAGUUUACGCAGAUGCAACCACAGUUGACGUCUUUCAAUCCUUUUCAACAGCAAAUGCAAGAGGCAGCGCAGGCAGAAUAUCUCCGUCAGCAGGAGGUAUUCCAGCAACAACAACAAGCAGCGUUCCAAGCUCAGCAACAGGAGGAAUGGAUGCGUCAACAAAUGAUGAUGCAGCAGCAGCAACAGCAACAACAGCAAUUCCAGCAGCAGCAGAGUCUAUUCCCGCAAACACAAUCCCUCAUGGCUCAGCCCACAGGAUUCGGCAACAACAACCCGUUCGCGCGGAACACAUCGCCAGGUCCCAUCUCACAACAGAACACACAACCGAUAUUCAACAUUCAAGGAACGUAUGAUUCGGGGAACCAUCAGCAAACACAGGAUCUUUCUACUUCUUCGUCGGCCUUCAGAACACCGUCACCGAAUACACAAGGUCAACAACAACAAGGACAAGCCAAUCGACCACUCGUUGUAAAAACGAAACAGAAUGAAAACCAAGAGCUUGCGAACCUGUUUGCGGAGAGGGAUGGAGGACAGGAUACGUUUGGGAAUGUUGGACUUACGAGAUUCGGCCAUACGGAUGCCGGGAGACUUGUCGCUCAGCAGACGGCAGUGGGGAAUAAUCCAUUUGCGAGGCAACAGCAGCAGCAACAUAUGAAUGAGCAGCCGUUCUUUAGCGUUUAA